GACUCUGACACAACUCUACGGAAAUACUCAAUUCCUCUGCGUUCAUUGGCUCAUGCAGUAUUGACAUCUCUGCAGGGUCAUAAGUCAGGAUAUACCUUCCCACUGAGUGAGGAGGAUAUAGAACGGGCUCAUCGCUUGCAGGAAAAUCUUGAUACUGCUGAGGAUGAUGGAAUUUCAGUAUUCCAUGCAUUUAUCUAUCCAUUCUUGUCCCGCAGCAUGGAUCCCGCUUCUGAUAAUAAGUGGGCAUCUGUCUUGGAAUGUUUUCUGGCGGUCUUCUCGCUUCUCCCAGACAGUACACACAAAAAAGCCUCCGAUAUGACUCAGCCGCUGGCAAUGCUUGAGUAUCACUGUCGAGGAGCUACCCUUUAUGAGGCACAUAGGCAGCAAGCAGAGUUUGAUAAUGACUUGUACAAAUCGGUCACCCACCACUGUCUCGAUAAUCUUCAUCCUGGAACAUUGACUCCUUUCACAACUCUUGUGGACUACCAACGCUUCAUUUCGUCCCUGGCUUUCUCUGAGACAACUGCACCCAGCAUCACGAUCUCUGAUGAUGCUACCAAGUUUGCAUACAAAGGCAAGCUGUUGCAGCUGGCAGACCUGACUGGUGGCGUUCGUCGCCUCUUUCAAGACACGGAGAACCAAAUGAAUAAACUUUUCCAUGGCCAAAAUAUCCCUAUCAAUAUCCCAGAUCAUGUUCCUGAUGACAUGACCAAUGCGGAACGUGACUAUAGCUGGCUUAAUAAUGGGACCUUCACAGAGCCUGGAAUACUUUGGAAGAUCUUGACACAGGAUAAGGAUCUCCGCCUGUGCCCAGUUGAUCCUUCUGGAGCACUGAUGUGGAAUCCUGGGGCGAUGAAUGAGGUGAUGGAGGUCUGUUCACAAAUUAACAAGUCUCUUGCCGUUCUCUGUCAUGUGCUUGCUGGCCAGCCUGCACGUGCAACAGAAUUUGUUGAUCUGAAGAUCCGCAACUCUACUUCACCACGAGGCCUUUUCCGUGAC